AUGGACGGAUACCCUCUAGGAAGCCUCGAUCACAAUGUACCCCUGCUCGUUUUUUCGGGCUUGACGUCGACGUCCUCCGAGGUCGAGCUCGACGCGAGCCUGCGAGAAGAAGCGGUGCUGCUUCGCUCCGACCUGCCCCCUCUGGACAGCAAAGAGGCCGAGCUCCUGGCGCAGCAUUUUGAAGAUGUAGACAGCGAAGGGCAAUCGUGGAGGGGCGUCUCGCGAGACGAGCCCUACCGGCUCCGCAUCAAGACCGUUGGACGCACCUACCCUCUGCCGCCGAGGCGCGCAUCCCUCCCAGAAGGUGCGGAACCGACAAGACCGAAUCCGAUACUGCACUCGACAUUCUCGCCUCUCAGCCCGGCCUCGACGCUGUACCCGGACGGCUUGAUGAACGCGCAGUGGGUACAGAAGCACCAAGAAAUCGUGCCCAGUGUCUUUGCUUGUUGCUAUUGCCUGACCAACGACCCGGCUGCGGCGACGCUUCAAGACAAUCAACUAAAGACGGACAUCAAUAGCAUCAAAGUGGCCUUGCAAGAGACCGGCUACAAGACGCGGUUGGCUGUCAUUUUUGUGCAGCGUGAAGGAGACGGAAGCUCGCCCUCUAUCACGGACCAAAUAUCAGAGCGACUCGAAAACAUCCGAAAAGGCACGGCUAUGGAUCCUAAAUCGAUAUUCUACAUUCACCCGCAAGACUCGCCGGCGGAUCUGAAGCAGGUCGCAGACAGCAUCCUGGCUAGUCUGUAUGGAACCGCCAUUGAAUAUUAUAGAGACCUUGGCCGCCACGCACGGAAGAAGCGAUCCCGCGGCAUUGUUCCACAACCGACAGUUCCGCCAACGUCCGGCACGUCUCAGACUCUGUCAAUGCCGGACUGGAAUUUCCGAUACGACUUCAAAAGUGCUGUGUUCUCGGAAUUCAGGCAGGAGUUCGACCCGGCUAUGCGGUCGUUUGAGCAAUCAUAUGAGAUACUCUUAGGACAGGACGUAAUGGACACGAUACCGAGCUGGAGUCCUCGCUGGAAUGAGGCACGCCUGCUUGCCGAUAUCAUUUCAAUACGGUGCCUGCGGCUCCACCUCUGGAUGAGCCAGCCGAGUCUAGCGGUGCGUCGCUGGCAGAUGCACCGAGAUCGCAUCGGCGACCUGGUUGAUCGCAGAGGAAAAGGGACGAAUAACUACGGAUGGCAGGCAUGGGAGGCGCGCUGGGCGCUGGUCAUGGCCCAACUCAUCGCACGGGUUGAACUGCCCGGCCUUGCGCCGUCAACCAUGAACCUCUACCUGCAACCCGAAAAGGCUGUUCUUGGGGAGCGACUGCAUCCAUGGGAGCUCCUUCACCAUACGGGCUACUGGUACCGCAUAGCUGCCCGGCAUAUCGGUGCACGACGAACCCUUGCUCUCAUGAUACCCGACGAGGACCGCGCGCCCCCAAGCGAAUCAAAAAUACAAGACUCACAACAUUACGAUACAUACCUGUGCCCGCCACCAUAUAAAGAAUAUCCCAUAGAAGGGGACGGAGUGAACCAUGCGCAACUAAUCAUAGACUGCUUGAUUGCGGCUCGCACACAAUUUCAAGGGCGAAAACAGCUACGCAUCGCGGCUGAGUUGUCUCUCGAAUGUGCGCGCGAAAUGGCGAGACUAGAAGACUGGCAAGAUGUGCUGGCAAUGCUGCGGCCCCUCUGGGAAGACCUGUCGUUUCGCAGCGAAAACUGGGUCGAUAUUUCGGAAGAACUGUGUUGGUUGAUCCGCCGGGCUGCUGUGGCAGCUGGUCGAGGCGAGCUUGUGGUAGCUAUUGACUGGGAACUUCUGGAUAAAAAAUUCACAAAACGCCCCUACUGGCAUUACGACCUCGACAAAACCCUUGAUGGUAUGAAGCUGGAAGAAAAGCCCUCUGUCACUAUUUCAGACGAAUCUGCGACUGGCUUUCUUUCCACUUCGUUCGUGUUUCAGCACCGGGAAAGCAGAGCAGGCGACUUUUGCAAAGCUCAAUUGUCCUUAAUUUCUAAUGCUAUGCCCGGGUCGGCACCGGUUACUCUGUCAAACGUCCGAGUCGAAUUCGAAGGCAGCUUGAAGCCAAUCAUGUUGGAGCAUGCGCCAUCGGAAGAGAAGACGAUAGGCAGCCCAGUGUCAAUUCGGCGAGUGACACUGGAGGAAGAAUUUCCCGAGGAGGAGGAGGAGGAGCUUCCGACAAAGGUGCAUGGCAACUGCGACCUGACUUUGGAAGCAGGACAGCGCCUUGUUGUUGAGAUGGCAAUUCCACUGAGAGAGGCCGGUGACGCUGAGCCUUUAUCUGUUGUGGUGAACAUAGACUCGAAGACGUUCGAUCUGACCCUGACUCUACCAUUCAGAGACACGGAUGAGCCAGUUGGAUGGUUCACCUCGGGCUCGAAAAAGGCUCGCUACGUUCGGGCCGACUCUAGGACACUGAACGUUCAACCACGUCCCCCAAAGUUGGACAUCAAACUUGCUCGACAACUGGCACAAUAUUACGCGAACGAAACGAUCGCGCUGGAUAUAGUGCUACAAAACAACGAAGAUGAGGCGGCGACCGCGAAACUAGACAUCCACGUGUUUGGUAAAUUCAUACCGGUACUUCGCGUUCAUGCAGAUGGCAAAGAACGGGCAACUGAAGCGCAAGCCGACGAAGAGUCUGAGCUUAGCGGUAUUGCCCUGGGCAAAAUUGAAAGCUCGGCUUCGCGACAAGUUAGCCUCAAAAUCGACCCGAUUAAUGGUUCAACGUCAUAUGAUCUGCAAUUGAGAGCGACAUAUCACCUGGAAACCGACGCGGCCACGCCCAUCAUACAAGUGUUCUCGGUGCAGCUCAACUUGGUGAAUGCGUUUGAAGCAAAUUACGAUCUCGUCCCCAGACUGCACCCUGAUCCGUGGCCAAGCCUCUUUAAUACGGAAGGCUUGGACGAUAUCAAUGAGGAAGAUGGGAAGCAAUGGACGCCUAUCGGGCUCAUCCAACGCUGGUGUCUGUUGUCGCAUUACGCUUCAUUUGCGCAGGAGAGUGUGCGUGUCUUGGACACGGAAGCUGAGGUGACCGAGUGCAUUGGCGGGGCACGCUGUAGUGUACGCAAGAUGAGCGAGAUUACAGAAGCAGAUGGGAUUCUGGUGGAGCCAAAGACGAUGCACGAAGCACAGUUCGAGAUCGAGGCGCAGAAAGUGCAGCUGGAAGACCGAAGCCCGGUGUCGAUUGAUCUAGCGUUCAAGAUCAAGUGGCAGCGAGCAGACUCUGCGGCCGACAGCCCGGUCAACACGACGAUGAUGCCUGUCGGGCGAUACCUCGUGCUGGGGUCGGAACCGCGGGUGCUGGCGACGGCGCUGCACGGGGAGCCGGACGAGACGAGCACGGUGCAGCUGGACAUUACGAUCGAGAACCCGUCGAACCAUCUCCUCACGUUUGGGCUGACGAUGGACCCGAGCGACGAGUUUGCGUUCUCCGGGGCCAAGCAGACGACGCUGCACAUGCUGCCGAUGUCGCGGCGGACGGCGACGUACCGGCUGCUGCCAUUUAAGAGGGGCGGCUACGUGCGGCCGGGGCUGGUGGUGCGGGACAAGUACUUUCAGAAGGUGCUGCGGAUCAUACCCACGGAGGGCAUGAAGAUUGAUAAGGACGGUCUGCUGGUGUGGGUGCCGGGGCUGCUGGGGGAUGAGCACGGUGAGCAAGGCGAUGAAGAGACGGAGGAGGAGGCGGAGGAGGAGGCGGAGGAGAAGGGAGGGGAAUAG